CCCCCUCGCACCUGAAUGGGGUCGAUGGUGCCUUUCGAGUCGACUCAAAAGUCAACCCGUGGCUCCCGAACACUCUCCGCAUGGCAUCUACGGCCGUCAUGCUACGACCGUCAUGCUACAACCGUCAUGCUAGCAGCGCUGCUUGCUACCCCGUACCUGGAUCGCGUCUAUGGUGCCGUGGAUCCCGAACACUCUCCGCAUGGCAUGCUCGAAUCAAAGGCCGUCAAAUUGUGACCGUUAGGCUGGUAGCACCCUCUCGCACCUGGAUCGCGUCUAUGGUGCCUUGGAUCCCGAACACGCUUUUCAUGGCGUGCUCGAACGCGCGCUUGUGGAGCUUGUUGGACUCCGACCCGACACAUUUGGCACGCA